AAGCCACCUCGUACCCAAAAGCAUUCUACAGAAACCAAACACCCAAGUUACCCAAAGAAAAAAAAGACACGAUGAAGCCAAGUUCAGGGAACCUGAUAAUCCUCUUCCUCGCUUUGGUAGCCCUGUCCCUGGCUGGGCUCUCUGUUUCCAAGGAUUUCGAUUUCUUCUACUUUGUUCAGCAGUGGCCAGGAUCAUAUUGUGAUACACAGCAAAAAUGCUGCUACCCAACGACAGGGAAACCGGCUGCUGAUUUUGGGGUUCAUGGGCUUUGGCCUAAUUAUAAUGACGGCACUUACCCUUCCAAUUGUGACUCCAGUAGCCCAUUUGACCAGAGCAAGGUUUCAAAUCUAAUCAGCACCAUGCAAAAGGACUGGCCAACUCUUGCUUGCCCCAGUGGCAAUGGAGUAACAUUCUGGUCUCACGAAUGGGACAAGCACGGGACAUGCUCUGAAGAUGUUCUUGACCAACAUAGUUACUUCUCUAGAGCCCUCAGCUUGAAGAACCAGACCAAGCUCCUCCAAGCUCUGACAACUGCAGGGAUUAAGCCGAAUGGAGGAUCAUACAGCUUGAGCAGGAUCAAGAGUGCAAUUCAGAGUGGGGUGGGAUACAUUCCUUUCAUAGAGUGCAACACUGAUGAAUCUGGGAACAGUCAGCUGUACCAAGUGUACUUGUGUGUUGAUAAUUCUGGGUCCAAGCUUAUUGAGUGCCCUGCUUUCCCACAUGCCAAAUGUGGCUCACAGAUAGAGUUUCCCUCAUUUUAGGGGCUUUUCUCUUUUUAAUUGCGGGAAGAUGGAAAUCUUCAAUCUCAGUCUUCUGUCGUUUUCAUCAUCACCCUUUGUCAAAUAUAAUUUGUUCUCGGGCUACAGUAAGGAGCAUUUAAGCAUGUAAAAUAAGGGAAUUUAUCUACA